AUGGGGACCCGCUGUGUCUACACUCUAGGCUAUGGAAAAGAAGAGGUUCUUCUGAGUGGAGCCCAUGCCUUCGUGGUCAGGACAUUAGUUGGUGUUCCAGUCACGGUGAAGAAAAGGAGCUUCACAAAGGAAGCCUACGAGAAGUACAUCAAAGAUUACGUGAAAUCAGUCAAAGGCAGACUUGAAGAACAGAGGCCAGAAAGGGUGAAACCUUCUAUGACAGGGGCUGCAGGACAAAUCAAGCACGUCCUUGCUAUUUUUAAAAACUACCAGUCCUUUAUUGGUGAAAACAUGAAUCCGGGAGGCAUGGCUGCCCCGCUGGCCUACUGCGAGGAGGGUGUGACCCCAUAUAUGAUCUUCUUUAAGGGUGGUUUAGAAAUGGAAAAAUGUUGA